GGUAAGAAUAAGUCUGAAUAAAGUAGAAUUUGUUGUAGGGGCUAUAUAUAGACCCGUGAAAGGCAGCGGAUCUGACUUCCUAACGGCGCUAGAAACAACAUUGGCUGAUAUGUCCACUGAAUCUGAUAUUUUAUUUUGCCUUGGAGACUUUAAUAUUAAUUACCUUGAUUAUUCUAAUUACCUAAGCAUGAACUUAUACUCUAUACUGAAUUCGUUAAAUCUUAAACAGGUAAUAACCGAGCCAACCCGCGUCACUGCUACCAGUGCAACACUCAUUGAUCUUGUUAUUACUGAUAAUCUCUGUGAUAUUCUUAGUACUGAUGUUUUGGAUAUGCACCCACUCACAGAUCAUUGUCUAGUCUCAUGCAAAGUUGGUCUUUCGCACAGUGCUAAACCGGUUUCGCAGAAACGGUAUCGUGACUUUAAGCACUUUGAUGUAAGUGCAUUUGAACGUGAUUUGAGGGCUGUGGAGUGGAACGUUAUCUAUAACAUACCUAGCAUUGACGACAAAGUAAAAUUUCUUAACGGCAACAUUACAGCAAUAUUAGAUAAACAUGCUCCAUUCAAAACAUCAAGAUUUACUAAACCCUACACACCCUGGUUAACGGAUAACGUCCGUCUCAUGAUUAAAUUAAGGAAUAAGGCACUUCAACGCUUUAAACGCAGCAAGUCUCCAGCCCACUGGGAUUAUUAUAAAGCUUUACGAAAUAUGACUACUGCUGCUAUUAAAGCUGAGAAGAAAGCAUAUCUAGAAUUUACGUUUAGAUCGAACAAUGCUAAAACCGCAUGGCAGACGUUAAGGAAAAUGAGCAUCUACGGCGUCUCUAGCGAUAAAACUAUCCCAUCUAAUUUGCAAGAUGUCAACGAAAUUAACAAGUACUUUGUUGAACACGUUAACAGUGUGUGUGAUAAUCCUGACAUUAUAAAUUAUUAUAAUAAUAGCUGCUACGAAUGA